GCAUCCCGGCGCGUCUCGUGUGCGACCGUGUUCAAGUUGGUUAACUUCUUUCAGCCCCACGUUUCCCGUCGCCACGCGAGGCUGCGAGUCCCCACCCCGUGGCAGCGCUGGGACUGUUAGCUGUCCAGCGCUGAACACAGCGCCUCACCGUGGUGACCUCUUAGUAACCUGUAGCUGCUGCGGCGGGAGUGAGGACUGUCCCCAAAGCCGCACCGCUGUCAAGCGCCCAAGCUUGUGGCCGCCCCACGUCCCGAGUUCUUGCUGCUGCGCCAGGCAGGGUGGCGUAGCAGGUGCUGGGGAAUUUGGCAGAUCCUCCGCCUCGUGAACUCUCGGUUCCUCCAGACCAGCGGUUCUCAAGCUUUUUGAUCUCAGGACCCCUUUCCCCUCCUGAAAGUUAUCGAGAACCUUAGAGACCUCUCAUUUAUAUAGGUUAAAUCUAUCCGUAUGGACCGUAUUCGAAAUGGAAACAUUUUAAAAUGCUAAUUAACUGGAAACCCAUAUUACAUGUUAACACCAAUAACAUCUGUGUGCGUGUGUGAAAAAUAUCUUCCUCACAAAUAGAAUGCCAGUAUUUUAUAUUUUUGCAAAUCUCUUGAAGAUCUGGAUUAAUGGAAUUGCUGUACCUGCUUCUGCUUUCAGUCUGACAUGUCAGGAGCAGCAAAUGGAUUUCUCAUGGAAGUGUGUGUUGAUUCAGUAGAGUCAGCUGUAAAUGCAGAAAGAGGAGGUGCUGGUCGGAUUGAAUUAUGUUCUGGCUUACUGGAAGGAGGAACCACACCCAGCAUGGGUGUCCUUCAAGUAGUGAAGCAGUGUGUCCAGAUUCCAGUUUUUGUGAUGAUUCGGCCGCGUGGAGGUGACUUUUUAUAUUCAGAUCGUGAAGUUGAGGUGAUGAAGGCUGACAUUCGUCUUGCCAAGCUUUAUGGUGCUGAUGGUUUGGUAUUUGGAGCAUUGACUGAAGAUGGACACAUUGACAAAGAGUUGUGCAUGUCCCUUGUGGCUAUAUGCCGUCCUCUGCCAGUCACUUUCCACCGAGCCUUUGACAUGGUUCAUGAUCCAGUGGCAGCUCUAGAGACCCUCUUAACCCUGGGAUUUGAACGAGUAUUGACCAGUGGAUGUGACAGUUCGGCACUAGAAGGGCUACCCCUAAUAAAGCGACUCAUAGAUCAGGCAAAAGGCAGGAUUGUGGUAAUGCCAGGGGGUGGCAUAACAGACAGAAAUCUACAAAGGAUCCUUGAGGGUUCGGGUGCUACAGAAUUUCACUGUUCUGCUCGGUCUGCUAGAGAUUCAGGAAUGAAGUUUCGAAAUUCCUCUGUUGCCAUGGGAGCCUCUCUUUCUAGCUCAGAAUAUUCUCUAAAGGUAACAGAUGUGGCACAAGUAAGGACUUUGAAUGCUAUUGCAAAGAAUAUUCUGGUUUAGCCAGACCUCUCUGAGAGACAUGGAUAUCACAAGAUGAAGGUAGAAGAGUAGUUUUUAAUUCUCUGACACAGCUUUGACUUUCUUCUCUGGCCAGGACAGUCACAGUCUUUAAAUCUCACAUGGCUAUAGAGACUGUUUCCAAGAAGACAAAGAAUUCAAACAGAGCUACAAUCAAUUCCUUUGCUUAAUCUUGCCAGCCAUCUCCAUUAUCAUGGUUAAAUGUGGUCUAUGCUUCUUCCACAGACAAAGGUUUAAUUAGUCUAUUUUGUGGAAUUAAUUGAUGAACUGGGAAAAUUGAACUGUAAGAUAGGAAUUCAGAGUGUGACUUCAGGGUCAAUUUAAUAGCAGUAUUUUGCUUUUUCGUUUGUAAAAUAAAAAUUUCCAUUCUGUAA